CCCGGCUGGAUGCUCACAAAACCCGGUCUGGAGUGUGGCAGGGAGACUGAGCUCGCAUCAGGCAGAGUACUCCUUUUUUACUCGAUUUUGGCUAACCACCGGUCAGGCGGAACAUCCACCGUUGCGCCCCCUUGAGGUCGGAGUGAAAAGUAGAAACUACAGCAGAAGUUGACGACUUGACACCGGCCACAAGAUGUCAGCCUCCUUAGGCGGGAAAUCGCUGGCUCUGAAUCACGGAGCAAAGGAUGCUUUUGUCAGAGUGAGGAAAAGAGAUUUGGAGAAGUUGACCACCGAAGUCAUGCAGCUGAGGGAGUUUCUGCCCAGGGUCCUAAAUGGAGACCUGAUGAAAAUGCUACACAAAGCUCAUGCAGCUCAGACAAUGAAGGAGCACCUCGUGCAGGAACAGGAGCAGUUGCAACAGCAGUGUCUGCAUCUUCAGGCCCGACUGGAUGCCGUGCAGACCGAAUGUCAGAAAGAGAGAGAGGAGAAGCUGUUGUUACGCGAGCAGCUAUGGCAGAGCGGAGCACAGCUGCAGCAGCAGGCAGACUUCUGCUCUGCUUUGGGAUCUGCAACCUGUAACCUGCUGUGGAGUAGCUCUGCCAGGGAGCACACAGUCUCACAGUGGCUGGCCGAUGGGAAGCUGCAGUCUUUCCUGUCAGUAGCUGCUCAGACCCUGGAGAGCUUUGUCAGGUCUCUGGAUGAGGAGGUGAAACCUCAAACGGAGGACCACACCUCCCAGGAGCACCAGUUUGUGCUGGCUUUGGCCGGAACUAUUACUAACAUAGCAGCAGUAACCUGUGGGCGGGACUUCCUAUCCAGCUCAGCUCACAUUCUCCUGGACACUCUGAUUAAGCUUUUGGAGCUGAUGAAGCCUUGUGUCUUUCCCAAACUGAAAGUGUUGAUGCUGAUGGCUCUGUAUAAUGUCAGCAUCAAUGUUAAAGGACUGAGGUACAUCAGUGAGAAUCCAGGACUCUUGCCUCUCAUCUGGACUCUGCUGGAUGAUGGAGACUGGGAGGUGUGUCUGCACACUCUGCGUCUCCUGCAGUCAGUGUUGUUGGAGGAGGAUGUGUUGCUCCUGCUGGGUUCUUCUCUGCUGGAUCCAGACCUCCAGGCUCGCGUCAGCCGACUCACCUCCACAGUGCAGCCCAGCUUGAGACUAGCUGCCCAGCAGACCCUGGAGGACCUGCAGUCCUUCCAACAGGGUCAGGGAUGUAAAACCAGCAGCGUCUGAUGUGAAUACAGGAUCUUCACUCCAGUUCUCCUCUGUUAACGUUCCUCUUAUCACAUUUGACCUGUCUUUAUGUGUUUAUUAAUUUAACAUUUGAGCUCUCAGAUUUGUUGACUAUCUGUGUCUUGAUUAGUUGGUUUCCUGCUUAAUGUUAAUAUGAUAAUACAGGUUUGUACGAGACACUCUAAAGAUGAUGUUUGUAGACUUUCAGA